AACACAAAGUUUCUGACGUUUGACAGUUGUGCCGGUGUUUGUGAAAUUCGUUGUGUUCGUCUACUUAUUCGUAAAAAGAAGAAACUAAAAACCUAAAAAAAAAAAAUUAAUAACCGGGAUGGAUAAUAAAGAGUUGACUCUGGAGAGCGUGAAGGAGGCGCUCCGGGAGAGUCAGAGCCAGCCUCUUGGCAGCCUUCGCCGAGAGGUGGACUCCCUCGACGACUUCGAGCACCUGGGGCACGACAGCUCGCCCCUGAACGACGGCGGCGACUUGCUGUCCGGCUUGAAAUCCGCCGCACGUGACGAGCUGGGGGUGGCGAUCGAUAAAGGGGAUGCCAGAGCCAGUGCCGCCAACCCACUCCCCCACGAGCUGUCAUCAUUCGACCCGUUGCGUUCGGAGAAAGCGGACAGAAAGAUGGACUCGAACCUGCUGGAGAUGGGCGACACCUUCGGCCACAAGGACGACCCCAAGAUGGACAAGUUCCUGCAGGAUUUGGCCCCCGCCGCCCCCAAGCACGAGGAGCCGCCCGAGAUCCGCGAUAAGGACGACAAGGUCGCCACGCAGACGUUCAUGGAUUUCGAGCGCCAGGAGAAGGUGAGUCCGAAGAAGGAGGAGCCGCUGGAGAAGUACUCGGACAGCGAGCCGGACAACGACGACGACUUCAAGCCUUCCAAGUACGAGGACUUCCCCAAGAAGGCCGAGCUUCCGGAGUCGGCGUCGGCCGACUUCAAGACUGACGCCUUCAAGGACCUGGAGGAGGAGCCGCUACCUCCUAAGAAGGACUACCCGGUGGAGCCGCCGCAGCCGCCCAAGGAGAAGACGCCCGAGCCGGUGCGGAAGCUCCCGGAGCCGCCCAAGGAGCCGGUGCGGAAGCUGCCCGAGCCGGCCAAGGUGGUGUGUCGGCAGCCCGAGGAGGACGUCAAGGUGGAGCCGAAGGAGAAGAAGGCCGUCAUGGACGCGGAGGCCAUUUUCUGCAGGAUGGGGCUAGACACUUGGUUCAAUCCAGAAAGACUGAAUCCCAAAGUGGAGAGCCUGAUCUACUGGCGAGACCCCAAGAAGUCCGGACCUGUCUUCGGCGGAGUCCUUGUAGUCCUUCUGGCACUCACAUACUUCUCACUUAUCAGUGUGGUGGCGUACUUGUCGCUGAUCGGCCUUACCGGAACGAUUACCUUCCGAAUUUACAGAAACGUAGUGCAAGCAGUACAGAAGACCGGCGAUGGACACCCUUUCAAAGACUUUCUGGAACUCGACGUCUCCCUUCCUCAAGACAAAGUCAAAGAAGUGUCGGAAGUGGCGGUGGCCCACAUCAAUGCAGCCGUGGUGGAGUUGAGGAGACUGUUCCUGGUGGAAGAUCUGGUGGAUUCGAUCAAAUUCGGGGUCCUGCUGUGGACGCUGACUUACCUCGGGUCUUGGUUUAACGGGAUGACUCUCAUCAUUAUCGCUUGGGUGGCCCUUUUCACUCUUCCGAAAGUGUACGAGGCAAACAAGACCCAGAUCGACGCCAAUUUGGAGAUCGUGAGGACCAAGUUGGCCGAAAUCACGUCAAAGGUUAAGGCGGCCAUUCCAAUUGGCAAGAAAGCAGUGGAGGAGAAGAAGGAGCAGUAAUUGUUUCGCAGGAAAAUAGAUGGGCGAUAUGAUGUCACAGUCGUGUCGGAUAAGUUUUCAAUUUUAGCUAUUUACGAACAAUCGUAUGAUUUUAUUCCUUAAAUUCCAUCCUGAAAUUCAAAAUAUAUAUACUUUUUUGUAUAUACACUGUUUAUUUAUUGUUGUAUUGUAAUACAUAAAUGUGUCGUGCAACUCUACUGUGUUUAUGUAUUACAUGCGUUCUUAUUUAAGCGUAAGGAAUAUUAAAAUAUAAAUUUUAUGAUU